ACGGGGAUGACAAUACACGCUAGAAAUAUUGAGCUAAAAGGAGGGAGACAUUAAGAUAUUUAUAUUGCAUUGAUAGCUUACUGAAGUAGCUCAGUAAAUCUUUCAAGUGUACAAAUGAGUACUCGAGCGUUAUUUUCAAGUACAACGCUGUCAGCGAAUUCCAACGCGUACCGGAAAUGGGAUCCUAGCAAUGUUGAGCAAGACACCUACUGCGCAUUUUCAGCUCCUGGUGAAAAUCUUACAUCCAUGAAGCAAAACUCACGAAAUCAUGUCCAAGAAAAAGAUAAAGAAACUACACCAUUUACUUCCUCAGCAUUAUUUAGGACCAUCAUAUUUGUUGUCCUAACACUCCAAGCGACAUGUUACUUUUCACUGCUUCGGUACUCCAGAACAAGACCAAACAAAAUGUAUUUCUCUUCUACGGCUGUGUUCCUGGCAGAAGUUGUCAAGCUCUUGGUGACGCUGGUGGUGAUAUUUUUUCAGUGUGGAAAUCUAAGAGACUUUGUUUUAUUUCUAAUCAACAAUUUGUUCACAAAUCCUAUGGCUACUAUCAAGCUCUCUGUUCCAUCUGUGUUAUACGUUAUACAGAACAACCUUGUUUAUGUUGCAAUGACGCAUCUGGAAUCAACUACUUUUCAGAUCACCAACCAGCUUAAAAUCCUUACAACUGCAAUCUUCUCCAUUGCUUUGCUCAACAAACAGCUAACAAGAAUAAAAUGGGUGUCUUUGAUUCUUUUAUCUGUGGGUGUCACCAUGGUUCAAAUUGAUUCACACACUUCAGUAACCACAAGUUUACUAACAGACAGUGAUAAUACAAAAAAAGAACAAUCUGUGCCUCUUGGUAUGACUGCAGUUCUUGCCGCUUCCUUAGUGUCGGGAUUUGCAGGUGUUUACAUGGAGAAAAUCUUCAAGAAACAGAGAAGGACUUCAUUUUGGAUCUCAAAUGCCCAACUGUACACUUUUGGAAUGUUUUUAGGGUUAAUAGGUGUCAUUUACCAAGAUGGGGUUGAAAUUUCUAGGAUGGGAUUCUUUUAUGGAUAUGACAUUGUAGUUUGUCUGGUUAUACUGUUUGCAUCUGCUGGUGGUAUUAUUGUCUCACUAAUCUUAAAGUAUGCCUCAUGUAUAACUAAAGGAUUUGCGACAUCUUGCGCCAUUGUUCUUUCUAGUAUUAUUUCAGUGUAUUUAUUUGAUUUUGUUCCAAGUGUUUUGUUUGUUGCGGGUGCUUUAUCUGUUAUUGCUGCAGUUUUGCUGUACAGUUAAUGGCGUUUACUUAGUUUGUUUUUUCACAUGUUCUGUGUUAUACACCAAUGUAAAAUGCUACCUGUCCAGUGGUCCCUCCUUCGCUUGGUCCAUCGUGCAUGACGCGCAAGAAAACCACCAGAAAAAAAUGGCCAUUUAUUCCUCCCACUGCCAGUUUUCCUUGCAGUUUAUUUACAGUCUCACUCAAAUGACCAGGCAAAAGAGGGACUACUCGUAGUCUACCCGCAUCAUGGAUACAGAAAGAAAACAAAGGUUGCUGUUAAUUCAAUGUGCAAAGAUUAUAGUAAUGGAGCUUGUAGAUUUUUUUGGUCAGGGUAUUGUAUUCUAUCUGUCACUUGCCCAAUGGGAAGUGAAUUUUUUGGGGGUAAAAUUUGAUUAAUUUCAAAUUAGAGAUUGAAGUGCUCUAAGAGUACUCUAAUUACUUACUGAUGAUCUAAUAUUCACUUAGUAUACUCUAAUUCUAGUUCUUUUAUAAUUCAUUCCACUACACUGAGUGAAAGUCAAUUCUGUGCAUUUUAGGACGAUUUUCUAUACAAUUAAUUAUUGAAUGUGUUCAGUACUGUUGUAACAUAGAUUGUAAAACAAUUUGUAAAAUAAGAUCUAAUUUGCCGGAUGCAUUAUAGAAGAAAAUUUUGAAAUUAGAAUUAUCAAGACUUGAUAAUUCUAAUUUCAAAAUUUGAAAGGGAAAGUAACAGUUUAGUUAUGAAUUUACAUGUAAUUCGAUGUCAAGUAAUUAUUAAAAAUGGGUUAUAAUUUAUGCAGAUUGGUAGACAGAAUUUAACCAUACAUGAAGCGUUGUAGAAAAGUGGGAACAUACAGUGCAUGCUACCAGCAUUGUUUGUAUAAUGUAGGAGGAAUGUUAGGGUAGAAAAUGUUAAAAUCCAGGCCUGAUU